AUGCCGCUACUGAACUGCUUACUGUUCCAGGCAAACAUGGGAAUGAUGGAGUUCACCGUCGCAGUGACAGUACUACUUUUGCGGCAAGCAGUACGAGCACAACAGGAUGAUAAUACAUGUCCCCAGGACUGCACGUGCAGUACAGCGAACGGACCGCAGCGGGCCGUGCGGUGCGUGAACGGAGGCCUCAACGACGAUAACUUCACGAAGCUAAUCGCUACUGUCUCGCUACUUUCUACCUCCAUCUACAUUGCAGGUAACCGCAUCAGUCACAUUCUACCGGAGACGUUCGAAAAUUCGCCGCACAUCGAAACGCUGGUGCUGAAGGGCAACGAGAUCAGCAUCGAGUUGCUGCCGACCGGGGUGUUCAGCGGGAUGCGAUCGCUGCGCCUGAUUGACCUGUCGUCGAACCGCAAGGCAGGACCCCUGCCGCCGAACACGUUCGCCGGGCUGGAAAACGUGACGGUGUUCGACGACAUUCCAAGGCUGCAGCGCAUUCGGUUACGUAACUGCAGCAUCCGGUCGUUCCCGAGAUGGGCCUUCCAGCAGCACACCGCCCUCAGCGACAUGCAUAUAGGAGACAACGGCGCGCUUGGACUUGGCUCAAUCGGCAGAGUGCUGGCCAACUUGCCGACGCUACAAAGCCUGGACAUCUCCGGCUCAGGGGGAUUUCGCGACGUCGCUGCAGCACCGUCGUUUGCAACCGCCAGACGAUGGAUCCCUCGCGGCCAGUUACGCCGUCUAAUCAUGCAGCGCUGUCUCUUAGACGACAGCGAAGAGAGCCGAGCGGCGAUCAGCGGAAUUCUGGCCAGCGCUGGUGGCGGCAUCGAGGAACUGGACCUGUGCUACAAUGAGUUUCGCAACUUCAGCGCCGCCGACGUGCUGGCGGUCGGCGCCGGUUCAAUCAAGAAACUACGGCUGUGCCACAACCACAUCGACGCCAUAACCGCCACGCUCCUGAAGGGCACGGUGCAGCUGCGCUAUCUGGACCUUUCAGACAACGCCAUAACGCGGCUGCCAUCCAACAUGCCGAGCGAAUUGCUGCGACUCGACCAGCUGAACCUGUCCGGCAACGCCAUCCAGGACGUCACCGCCAGCCAGCUGCUGUUGCUGUCGGCGGUUAGAUCCCUCGACCUGUCGAGGUGCAAUGUAUCGCUCCCUCAGGGGUCUGAUGCCCUGUACGAGAAGGACGCCCCGCACUACAAGUUAUCGGAGAUGCACCACGAGCGCACAACGUGUAACCACAGCAAUAAUCGCCAGAUACCAUCUUCUGAAUCUUCGUCAACAAAAUCUAGAAAUGCGGACGAAACAGCCGCUGUUGAAGCAGGAGAAUGUUUCGGAGGAGAGAGUACAAAAAAUGCAGCGGCCGGUGGAAACGGACUUAUUGCGUGUGCAAACACGUCUGAUCGCGGUGGCUACGGCACGAUCGGCGUAAUGACGAUUGUGCUAGUGGCAGCGGUGACGAUUGCGUCAUUGGUUCUGGUAGCCGUGCUGCUAGUACGCUAUCGGAAGGCGAUCUACAGGACGCACGAAGAGAAGGACGCCCCAUUCCGUCAGAACUACUUCUCAGCCGACAACUUGGAUGAAAAGUACCUGCACUGUAACGUGUACUCUGUAUUGGACGAUUCCUUACUGCACUCGAUGCCGAAGCUGGCAGAUAUCGAUGACGUGUAA